CUCGGCGCUCUCGCGGUAUCCGCCGGCCAAGAUGGCGGUGGCGCCGGGUUCUUGAGCGGGCCCCCGCGGGCGGGCGGGCAGAAGGCUCUUGGGCGCAGCGGGUUCCGGGUGCUUCUGGCAGGGGAUGCCGACGGGACGGGACUCGCCACCGCGGCGGCUCUAAGCGUAUCGACUCCACUCCGGCUGAGGCGAACCUUCCCGGCGGGGUCCCGCCGCCCGCGGGGCCGCCGCUGGCGAUGACCGGAGAGAAGCUGCGCUCGCUGCGCAGGGAUCACAAGCCCAGCAAGGAGGACGGCGACCUGCUGGCUCCCGGGGAGGAGGAGGCGGCCGCCGCGCCCGGAGGCAUCUUUACCGGUGGCCGGGGAAGCAGCGGGAAGGGCGGCAGGACUGGGGGCCACAGGAUCUUCAGCAACCACCACCACCGGCUGCCGCUGAAGGCGGGGGGGCCGGCAGCCGGCGGGACGGGCCCUCCCGCCGAGCCCGACAAGAGCGCGGCUCAUUUCCCCGUCCACGAGUGCGUCUUCAAGGGGGACGUGAGGCGGCUCUCGGCCCUCAUCCGCACCCAGGGCAUCGGCCAGAAGGACAGUCACGGAAACACUCCUUUGCACCUUGCUGUGAUGUUGGGACAUAAAGAAUGUGCCCAUUUGCUUUUAGCCCACAAUGCUCCAGUAAAGGUGAAAAACGCUCAGGGAUGGAGCCCUCUUGCAGAAGCUAUCAGCUAUGGAGACAGACAAAUGAUUACAGCACUCCUAAGGAAGCUCAAGCAGCAGUCCAGGGAAAGUGUUGAAGAAAAACGACCUCGGUUAUUAAAAGCCCUGAAAGAGCUAGGUGACUUCUAUCUAGAGCUUCACUGGGAUUUUCAAAGUUGGGUGCCUUUACUUUCCCGAAUUCUGCCUUCUGAUGCAUGUAAAAUACACAAACAAGGUAUAAAUAUCAGGCUGGACACAACUCUGAUAGACUUUACCGACAUGAAGUGCCAACGAGGGGAUUUAAGCUUCAUUUUUAACGGUGAUGCUGCACCCUCUGAAUCUUUUGUAGUUUUAGACAAUGAACAAAAAGUUUACCAGCGAAUCCAUCACGAGGAAUCUGAGGUGGAAACAGAAGAGGAAGUGGACAUUUUGAUGAGCAGUGAUAUUUACUCAGCAACAUUAUCAACCAAAUCCAUCACCUUCACCCGUGCCCAGACUGGGUGGCUCUUUCGAGAGGACAAAACAGAAAGAGUAGGGAACUUCUUGGCAGAUUUCUACUUGGUGAAUGGGCUGGUGUUAGAGUCAAGGAAGAGAAGAGAGCACCUGAGUGAGGAGGACAUCCUUCGAAACAAAGCUAUCAUGGAGAGCCUGAGCAAAGGUGGAAACCUGAUGGAGCAAAACUUUGAGCCUGUCAGGCGGCAGUCGCUGACUCCACCAUCACCCAACACCAUCACCUGGGAGGAGUACAUAUCUGCUGAGAAUGGAAAAGCUCCUCACCUGGGCAGAGAACUGGUCUGCAAAGAGAGCAAGAAAACCUUCAAAGCCACCAUAGCUAUGAGCCAGGAAUUUCCCUUAGGGAUCGAAUCAUUGUUGAAUGUUUUAGAAGUAAUUGCACCCUUCAAGCACUUUAACAAACUUAGAGAAUUUGUUCAAAUGAAGCUUCCACCAGGCUUUCCUGUCAAAUUAGAUAUCCCUGUCUUUCCCACCAUCACAGCCACUGUGACUUUCCAGGAGUUCCGUUACGACGAGUUCGAUGAAUCCAUCUUCACCAUUCCUGACGACUACAAGGAAGACCCCAGCCGCUUUCCUGACCUCUAACUCAACUGGAAGAGGGUUGAUGGUGAAUGCCCAACACCAGCCUGCCAGGGGUGAAAGCAAACAGCUCCACGGAGCCCCCUGGGAGAGGUAGCCAAGUGGGUCCUCAAGGAAGGGAUGGACUUCAUCUUCCGGGAGAAAAGGGAACAGGCAUCAAAGCGCUGAUGUACUGAUACUGUAAUGGGGCAUCUCAUCCAGUUCCUGAUUGACAGCAGGUCUCCUUGACCUGUCCUUCACCACUUUUAUACAGCCAGUACUGCAGGCAUGGUGAUGGUCUGACCCCUUGGCAGCCCUGAGGACACCUCUGUCAGCCAGGAGGACUUAGCAUCCCUUUUUAAAUUUUUUUACAUUUCUUGGUGAUACAAAAAAAGGAAACAAACAGGAAAAGCAAACCAACAAAAAAGCACUCUUGGACCAUUGGCAUCGAAGUGGAAAUGUCCUGGCUGGAUUUUAGGCCCUCUCCAACUUCUCCCAUCCUUAAGAUGACCUUCAGAUGACCAUAUUCUCUGUUCUUUGAAGCUUUGUUCUUCAGGAAUUGUAAAGUUCUGUAUCAUUGUUGUAUAGCUCAGUCAUGGGAAUGGUAGUUUUGGACCUAUCUUAGAAGGAAUGCCUUUUUCUGUAGAUGAAUGAACCAAAUGGUGACCAUGAAACAACCCUCCAGAAGCAGCACUUGUCCUGCAGGGAACCAGGUACCUCCUCUAGCACCUCAGUGCAAGCCAUGGUGGUGCUAUCCAUGUCUCUGAACCUUUAAUUUCUUCACUGAGCUGCUCCUUAAUCUUGGUUUUUUGUUAUCUCAGCACUGAAGAUCUCUUCAUCCUGCUCUGGCAGGUCCCCCCACCAUGUCCAUGACACUGUGUUGGUAGCAUGCCUGGAGAUCCACUGGCUAGAAAUUACCACUUUUAGUCUUUUAUCACCUUCACUUGGGAGACUUGCUCCAAACUGCUUGAAAUCAGCAGGGUUGUGUGCUUGUGGUCAGCAGCCACUCAAAAACGUGGGGCAGGUCUAAAGAGUCAGCUGAACAAGGAGCUCAAGCACUCGGCCUUCAUGGAAGAAGCAUCUCUUGAUGUUAGUUUCUUUGUGGUGCACCUUGACCAGGGCUCAGGUUGGAAGGCUUCAUGUCCAAGUGCUUGAGAUUCAUUUCCUUCCUCUUCAUAUUUUGCCUAGUCAGCUUGACCAGUUCUAGUUUCAGUGCUUUGGCUUCUUGAGCUUCUCAUUCCACCUCCUCAUCUGACCAUACUCCAGCUUAUUUUUGGGUUGCUUAGAAGGAAUUUGUGCAAAAGGCUCCUGGUGCUAUUUGGAUGAAGAUCCAAGUGCUGCAGUGUGGUUGUACAGAGCUGUAAAUACCUUCAGGACCAUCAUGUUUGUGCACUGUAGUUCAACUCCUUCUGUUCCUGGUAAUCAAGUUGAGCAUCAAAGUUUCUGAUGAAGAGUCUCAGCAAUGCUUGGUCAAGGCAAUCAACCCAGCAGGACACAGUGUGGAGGUGGCUGAUCAUGAGGCAAUCACAGGACGAGGCAUCAGGUCAUGGAGAACCAUGUCUGCAGCAGAUACUCCUUCCAAACUCCUGGAAUCCAUCUGUAGCAAACCCAGAGAGGCUGCUCUGGAGAAGACAAAGUCCACUUGGUCAGUGGAGUCCAACAAAUCCCUGUCAGCAAAGCCCAGGAAACAGGAAGCUGAGGCUGAUCCUCUUCCAGUGUCACUCUAAACCCAUGAGUUGGCCGAGCAAGAUGUGGCUCUGCAGGCUGUGAUCCACACCCUGGGCACAGCUCCGAAAUCCCAGCAAAAAAUCCAGCUCUGGGGCAAAGAAGCAAAGGGAAAUGUGGACUUGGAGCUCCUUCUGAAGUACUGUAUCAGCAGCAGAUGGUGAACAUGGGUGGGAAUGAGAGAACUUGUUCUGCCAAGUCACUAUGAGUUCCUCAAGUGUUUCACAUCUGUGCCAUCAUCAGUGGACAGCCACCUCCUGCUCCUUAGUCACUACCAGGACCCUUCUGGGGAGAGACCAGGGUUGAAUGUAUGUAGAGGCUGAAUGACUCUCUUGGUGCUGGAGGUCAGGAUUUGAUGUUAGUGGGGCCAAAUUUGGGGCUCUCCUUUUGCAGGGGCAUGUGGUAGGAUGGAAUGUUCUGUGUGGUGCUGCAGACUCCCAUGAGAGCAGAAAGUUCUGCCCACCCACUGCAGCCUGUGAGGUUUUCUCUACAGACUCCAGCUGCAGAUUUUAGCCUUCGUGAUUCCACAGCUCCCAGCUUUGUGACCUGGUGAGACAUGCAGCAGCUUUCCAGAGUGGGUUGUUGUGCUGAGGUGUGCUCAAACUGGGAGUGUCAGCAGAGAAGGGCAAGCACAGGCUUGGUGUGCUGUCAUCUCCUUACAGCAGUGUAGUGAGCAAACCCUGCUGUGUCUUGUCUCACCACAGAGCUGAGUGAUCCAGGUUGUCCUUCCUGGUUCAGGGAGCAUUUCCAGAUCCCUCUGACAGCCUCCUGAAUUAAGACUUGGGUGAAGCUUUU